CUGCAGCCGGUUGCCGAGUGAAAAAUAGAAAGUAACUCAUUGAAGAUCCAGUAUUGUGCACAAAAUUUACAAUGGCGAAACUAACAGAAGAUCAAAUCGCAGAUAUUACUGAAACAUUUAAUUUAUUUGAUCAACGUGGUGAUGGGAAAAUAGCUGCGUCACAACUUGGUGAUGUUUUACGCUCAUUGGGUCAAAAUCCUACAGAAGCAGAAAUAAAAAAAUGUGGCUUUGAUAAUAAUCAAGAUGCUCGUAUUUCAUUUGAAAUGUUUUUACCCAUUCUACAAACAAUUUGUAAAAAUCGGCAAGUUCCAUCAUUUGAAGAUUUUAUAGAAGGUUUUAAAGUUUUUGAUAAAGAGCAAAAUGGUAUGAUGAGUUCGGCAGAAUUACGACAUAUUCUGACAUCACUAGGUGAUAAAUUGAAUGAUGAAGAGGUGGAUCAAUUGUUUAACAGUCUGGAAGAUGCUCAGGGCAAUAUCAAUUACGAAGAGUUAAUCAAGAUGGUAAUGCCUGAUAGAAAUUAAACACCGUGUUCCGUUAUCAUCUUGUUAUACGUCAUUUAACUUCUCGUCUUAUAUUGUAUAUAAUCUCUCUCUGGCUUUAUAUUUUAUUAUUUCAUCCACUAAUACGACUAAUAUCACCAUACAGAAUAAAUAAAACACCUGUCGUAACAUCUCAGGCUGGUCAGAAUAUAAAAUAAAACCUCUCUCAGUGCA